AUGGACGCCUAUCCGAUCACGAGCGAGGAUCCGGAUGUGCGCCAAAAGUUCGCGGAAAACAUCUUUCAAAUAUUGCGCCCAUUGUCUGUCACAGAGAUGCCCCGGACAGGUUCCGACCAGGGCGAUGACGAGUCGUCCGAGUGUAGUGCGCUUUCCGAUCCGUUCUCGGAUCUGGACGAAUCGUACAUUCUUCUGGAUCAGCGGAAAAAGAAGCCCGGAAUCGACGAGGACGACGAGCUGCUGCUGAUGAAUCAGUUCACACCCGAGUUCCGAUGUGCCUACGACGACCUGAAGGCCGAGAAUCGCCUCCAUCCACCGGAGGCUCGAUCGGAAACGUCCGUCGGACCGGGACCGGCCGGGAGUUGUGGCUCCUGUCCGGAUCUCCAUUCCGGUGGUGACUUCAGCCCCAAGUUCCGAGCGUUCAUCGAUGAGAUGCUGCGCAAGUGUGACCUGCAGUACCACCAGGAGGAGAAGAAGCGCCGGGAGCAGCUGCAACAGAACCAACAGCGCAAAAAGGGCCGCGUACGGACGGUGGUUUCGGAGGAAUCGGUAUGCGGUCUAGAGACAAACUCGCUGUCCGGCAUCUGGCGCAUGUUGGACGCGAUGUCAGAGAACGAACGCGAGAUCCUACCAACGACGGGCCCAAACUACGAUUUGUACUACGAUCGGCGCUUCGAUUGGAUGACCCGAGACGAGAUCCCGUGGGAUCAGAUCGAGGCGUCCAAGAAAAAGUGCGAACAGUGGCUGAAGCUGCCGUGCCAAGUGAAAGAGGACACCUCCAAGCCCAAGUAG